UCGCUUCGCCGGAAGAGAAGCGAGUUUCUUUGGGGGCCGGCCAUCUUGUGUGGGCAGCAAGCGAGUGCGCCGGGGGUGGGCUAGGGCCUGGGCAGUAUCCGAGAGGGAUCCCACCGAGAGGGGCCCAUCAUGCCCGGACACCUGCAGGAAGGCUUCGGCUGCGUUGUUACCAACCGCUUUGACCAGCUCUUGGACGAUGAAUCCGACCCUUUUGAGGUGAUCCAGGCGGCUGAGAGCCGCAAGAAAGAGAGCACUGGAGGAGGUGGCGGCGGUGGCGGUCACCAAAGCAGCCGUGGCGGCGGGCAGGCAGCCCAAGCCAACUCUUCCUCUGGCGGCGGUUCGGGUCAGUCCGGCUCCGGUGGCGGGAGCGGCAGCGCGGCCAAGCAGCUGCGCAGGGAGUCGCAGAAGGAGCGCAAGAACCCGCUGCCGCCCUUCGCCUCCUCUUCCUCUGGGCCUGGCGGUGCCGGAGACCGAAGAGAGGACGGAGGCGGGCAGCCUGGCUCCGCGCCCCUCAGGAAGGAAGGGAUAAGGCGAAUUGGCAGGAGGCCUGAGCAGCAGCAGCAGCAGCCUCAGGGAGAAGGAAAGCCUAUUGAGAGGAGACAAGAGAGACGGCCUCCUCGGGAACGAAGAUUUGACAAGCCUGCUGAAGAGAAGGGUGAAGGAGGAGAAUUUUCUGUUGAUAAACCCAUUAUCGAUCGCCCUAUUCGUGGCCGUGGUGGUCCAGGUGGAAGAGGUGGCCGUGGUGGCAGAGGACGUGGAAUGGGCAGAGGUGAUGGUUUUGACUCCCGAGGCAAACGUGAAUUUGAUAGGCAUAGUGGAAGCGACAGAUCUUCUCUUUCACAUUCACAUUUCAGUGGCCUAAAGCAUGAGGAUAAACGUGGUGGAAGCGGAUCGCACAAUUGGGGAAACGUCAAAGAUGAGUUAACUGACUUGGAUCAAUCAAAUGUGACAGAGGAAACGCCAGAGGGAGAGGAGCAUCCACCUGCUGAUUCAGAGAAUAAAGAGAAUGAAGUAGAGGAAGUAAAGGAAGAAGGUCCUAAGGAAAUGACUCUAGAUGAAUGGAAAGCUAUUCAGAAUAAGGAUCGUGCAAAAGUUGAAUUCAACAUCCGCAAACCAAAUGAAGGUGCAGAUGGACAAUGGAAAAAGGGUUUUGUUCUCCACAAGUCAAAGAGUGAGGAGACAAAGGGGAUGACAGAGAUGCAGGGGAGUCCGCUGGAAUCCAAUGAGUCUCAUGCUGAAGAUUCUGUAAUGGAUCAUCACUUCCGCAAGCCAGCAAAUGAUAUCACGUCCCAACUGGAGAUCAAUUUUGGGGAUCUAGGUCGUCCUGGACGUGGUGGUAGGGGUGGAAGAGGAGGUCGUGGACGUGGAGGAAGGGCUAACCGUGGAAGCAGAACUGACAAGUUGGUUAAUAAGGAGUUUGAUGUGAUCCACACACCCAACCAGUCAAGUGCUUCUGCUCCUGACGUGGAUGAUCCAGAAGCUUUCCCAGCUCUGUCCUAAACUGGAUGCCCUAAGCCAACCCUGCCCCUUGUUGGGCCCUCCUCUACAAGGCUUGCAUGCUUAAGGAUCCUUUAAAAAAAAAAAAAACAACUUAAGAAACUUAAAAAGGGGACUCUCAUUCAUACCAUUCACACCUAAAGACUGAAUUUUACCUGUUUUGAAAAUGAACUUCUCUUGCUACACAGAAGCAACAAUAUGGUAGUCAGUUUUGUAUUUAGAAAUGUAAUGGUAGCAGGGAUGUUUUCAUAAUUUUUUUCGGAAAUUAUGCAUUCUUCAUGGAUACUUUUUUGUAUUGCUGCUUGAAAAUAUGCGUUUCCAAACUUGAAAUAUAGGUGUGAACAGUGUGUACCAGUUAAAGCAUUCACUUCAUUUGUUUUUUUUUUUUAAGUUAGGAUUUUAAUGUUUUCCCCCCAAAUGCAAACAGUUUUAACUCUUGCACACUAUCUUUUAAUACUGCUUAGCAGAUUGUUUUCAGUCCACAAUCAGCUGGGAUAUGUAAAAAAAAAAUUUGGAAAACUGUUAGUACUGUGUGGAAUACUAACCUGGAAUAUUUUGAGUUUUUAAUACUUAAAUUCAGACUUGGAAGAGUCCAUUUUCUUGUAUCUUUGGUAGUUUGUGUAUUCAAAGUCUUUAUACAAAAUUGAUAUCAGAUACUUGAAAAAGAGUCAAAGCACAUUGGUUUAUACUCAAAAUACCUGCUUAUGAAUCCAGCGGCUCUGUUUGGAUAAUUGGUCAAAGCCAUUUAAAAAAAAAAAAAUCUGUGUUACACCUUUCUCAUUCACUUUUUAUCUUUCCCUUUCUUUUUCUUCAACAAAAGUAGUUGUCUGUUUGGUAAACUUUGUUUAAAAUUGUUAAUAUUGUUGCUACCAAAACAUACCCUGUAGAUUGGAGCAACUAUUUUUUUCAAGACGUGGGAGGUUGGGAAGGGAGUGGCAUCUAUUUCUAAUACAGUUGGUUUAAACUACA